AUGGACUCAGGGGACAUGGUGUCUCAGAUGCAGGUGGCCAUCCCGGAUCACCUGGUGGGUGUCAUCCUCGGCAAGGGAGGCGCCACGGUCAUCGACAUGCAGAACCAGACCGGUGCCCGCAUCCAGGUUAGCCAGCGGGGCGAGUACAUCCCGGGCACGACAAAUAGAGCCGUGUGGGUGGGCCCGGAAGUUUUCGAGGCGAAAACGAAAACGAUCUGGCCGGAGAUGGGGGCUCGGAUGACUGGUUGCGUGGUGGGAUACGCUCCUUCUUCUCGUCAGCCCGGGGUCACCUCUUUCGUCAUAGAGCCAGGGGUGUGUUGGUCGCGGCGAAGAUGAUGUUGCGAUUAGAAGGAGUGCCGACAGGGGCGGAGACAAGAACGUCUCCUCUGCUGGUGCUCGCGUGCGGGUGCGGGUGCGGGCGCGAGUACUGGUACGUUUUUGUUGCUCGCAUGCGAGAGCGCCCGGCUGGCCGGGCGUCCUCUGUGGCUUUGUCGUUGUUUUCUUGUGAAACGUGUGCGCUGGCGGUGGAGGUGUGGUCCCCACUGGUAUCCGGGGGUAGGGUGUGUCUUUCGCUGCUUAACUUUUUUUUUUUUUCUGUUUUUGUUUUGUUUUUUGGCUGUGUGGCUAGUAGUGAAGCCAGGGGAUAGAUGCGUGGGCACCCUCUCCCUGUCACAUAAAUAUAUACAAUAAGCUGGUGGCAUUUUUUUUCUUCUGUAUCUUUUGCACAUGUUUGGUUUUGUACGGACCAUCUUUCAACGGUGAUAGACAAACUUCACCGUCCAUUACUAGGCUUUGGGUGUUGUUGUAGUCACAUGGGAAGGAUGGUUUACUAUUCAUUUCCAUGUUAUCAUGUUUUGUUUUGGUUUUUGGUUUUUGGUUUUUGUGGGGUCUCCGCACAUAGGCGGGGUCGUCAAGGGUGCGCGUGGCGGGUGCGGUUCACGGAAGACAGCACUGCAUGCGUAGCAGGUAGUAGAUGGUUCGGGUUCUCCUUUGAAUCGUGCUUUCGGAAGUUUGACGUGUGUUUGUGUUGUGUGUGUGUCCCGUCGUCUCCCGUUUUGUUGGGCUGAA